CACAAACAUGGCAACGAAAGCAGGGAAACAGAAUCGUGGUAGCUCUGGAAAUGCCGGGCGGAAAGGUGGCACAGAACAGGAAGAAGAGGAGCAGCCUCUUCAGGCUGUUCUGAUUGCCGACAGUUUUAAUCGGAGGUUUUUUCCAAUAACCAAAGAUCAGCCACGGGCUCUCCUUCCAUUGGCGAACGUAGCUAUGAUUGACUACACUUUGGAAUUCCUCACCUCCACGGGUGUGCAGGAGACAUUUGUCUUCUGUUGUUGGAUGUCUAAUAAGAUCAAGGAUCACCUGCUGAAGUCCAAAUGGUGCCGCCCCACAUCCCCCAACACGGUGCACAUUAUCACGUCUGAUCUCUACCGUUCCCUUGGCGACGUGUUGAGAGAUGUGGAUGCCAAAGCUCUGGUCCGCUCUGACUUUUUGCUGGUCUACGGUGACGUGGUGUCCAACAUUGACAUUACCCAGGCUCUACAGGAGCACAAGCAGCGACGUAAACUAGAGAAGAAUGUCUCUGUUAUGACCAUGAUAUUCAAAGAAUCGUCACCCGGUCACAAGACGCGCUGUGCUGAGGAUGACAUCAUUGUCGCCAUGGACAGCAAGAGCAAGAGAAUCCUGCAUUACCAGAGAACACAGGGACUCAAGAGACUUCAGUUUCCCAUGAAUAUUUUCCACAGUGGGACUGAUGAGUUUGAAAUUCGCCAUGACCUUCUGGACUGCCACAUUAGCAUCUGCUCCCCACAGGUGGCGGAGUUGUUUACGGAUAACUUUGACUACCAGACCAGGAAUGACUUUGUUCGUGGGAUUUUGGUCAAUGAGGAGAUCCUUGGCAACCAGAUUCACAUGUAUGUGACUAAGGACGGCUACGGCGCCCGCGUCUCCAAUCUCCUUAUGUAUGAUUCCGUUUCCUCGGACAUGAUCCGGCGCUGGGUGUAUCCUGUGACCCCUGAGGCGAACUUUGUUGACCAGGAGGGACAAGACUGCACCCAUUCACGACACAACGUGUAUCGUGGGCGAGACGUCAGCCUCGGUCUUGGAAGCCAGAUGGAGGAGAAUGUUCUGAUUGGUCAAAACACAGCAAUCGGUGCCAACUGCAUCAUCUCCAACAGCGUGAUCGGUGCUAAUUGCAUCAUAGGGGACAACGUGGUGCUGGAUCGAGCUUACAUAUGGAAUAAUGUCCGUAUAGCCAGUAAGGCAGAGGUGCGGCAGUCGGUCAUCUGUGACGGUGUGGAGGUGAAAAACGGAGUGACCCUAAAAGAGCAGUGCGUCCUCGCCUUCAAUGUUGUGGUGGGUCCUAACAUUACUUUACCAGAGGGCACAGUUAUAUCCAUGCACCAUCCAGAUGAGGAAGAGGAUGAAGAUGAUGAUGAGUUCCUGAGCGAUGACAAUGAUGUGGAUCACAACAAAGACAAAUCCAAGCUGAGAGCAUUUAACCCAGCUGAGGUGGGGGCAGAGGGCAGAGGUUACAUCUGGAGGAGCAGCAGCCUGGAUGACACUGAGGAGGAUGAGCUAGCCCAGUGUAUAUGGGGGCUGGUUCUGAACCCUGAUCCGGAGAGCGAGAGCGACAGUGAGAACAGUGAGGGGUCACAUGAUGGAGGAAGCUGCAGGGCCUCUCCAGAACUGGAUGACGUUAAAGUCUUUCAAAAUGAAGUCCAUGGUACUUUGCAGAGAGGUUUGGAUGAAAACAUCAGUUUUGACAAUCUGGUUCUCGAGAUAAACUCACUGAAAUAUGCCUACAACAUCUCUCUGAAGGAAGUCAUGCAGAUUUUGACCAAGGUGGUGCUUGACUUUCCCUUCCAACAGCAAGGAGCUCAGAUCACUACAGCUCAGUAUACAUCUCUUCUCCUACCCUUGUUGAAGAAGUGGGCACCAGUCUUUAAGAACUAUGUGAAGAGACCUCAGGACCAUAUGGACUGUCUGGCCUCUUUGGAGGAAUUCUUCUUGGACCAUGAAGCCCAUUGGGGAGCAUUAGUGAAAGUCAUGAUGAACAUGUACCAGCUGGAGAUCUUGGAAGAAGAUGCCAUCAUGCGCUGGUUCUCUGUCGGAGCAACCACAGAUAACAGCAAACGCUUACGCAAGAACCAAGGGCUCCUGAAGUUUAUCCAGUGGCUGGAAGAAGCUGAGGAAUCGUCAGAGGGGGAAGACUGAAGUCAGCCAUCUUUGUCACAAGGCACCAUUCUACAGCUGGAACGUUCUCUGGACUUUCAUGGGCUUUGUGUGUGUGCCUUCAUUGCUAAAACCAAGUCCAGACAGACGCUGGGCAGAAUACUAAGGUGGCUCUCAGUGGAAUGGGCCUCGUAAAGAGAAAUGGUGUGGAAAAUGUAUGGA